CUUAAACAGUGACUUGAACAAAUUUUGUUAUAUCGAAUUUGAGCAAUGAAAAUUUUAGUGCGUGUGUGUGUGCUCUUCGCCUUGCUGGCUGUCGCCUACUCAGCCAGUUCAAGUUGGGGUACACCGAACGGCUACGACGAUUAUAUCUUCCUCAAGAAACAAAUUUCCUAUCCACCCGUACGAAAUGUUGCACAAACGUUUUUCUUCAGCAUACCAGAGUCGUAUCAAAGCAAUGAUAGAGUCAUUACCGCUAUCUUAUUGGAGGAUGGUUUUCGAAACAAUUCGGGUCCAACGAAUUAUUUGCUUGCCGGUGGCCCUGGCUGGACGUAUGCCAACGUGCAAAUGAGGACUCAAACCGGUUUUGGCUUAAAUGUUACUUACACUGUUUAUGGCAAAUAUGUUAAAUAAAUAAUUGAUAUCAAAUUUAAAAAAAAAAAACAAAAACAAAAAAAAAAUUAUG